AUGACACAUCAGGUACAUUCGAUCCUGCUUGGUCUUCGCUUUCAUUGGAUCUCGGUCUGGAGAGCAGUCCUGGCUUCCGAUGCAAGCUCAGUGGAUCUCGUAGAUGAUGCGUGCCAGGAUCACGGGACCAGGACGGAUCGCAUCCGUGCAUUCAUCUUUAAUGGCUGGCUCGCCAGCACUCUUCGACUCGGCGAUGAAUUUUUCGAGAAAUUCGUUACUGAACGGGUGAUCUAUCGCAUUGUGAGAAUGCCUCCACAUGCUCAACAGGCCCAGGACCCUGGCGCUUGUCAAUCUGACGACACUGAGGAGCAUGGUGACGGUUUACCUCGUACAUCUCAGACCCCUUCCACACCUCGAUUUCGCGACGACGAGGAUAGAUGUGAACACAUUCAUCGCUCCCAGAGCGAUCCCAGAAACGUGCUGUCUCGUCCUGUCAACACGCAAGUUCACCAAUCCUUUCCUGGAAGACCCCAUACUCAACACCGGCACGCACAUGCGCUUCCCGAGCAGAGAGAUGCCUGGGCCGUGUCGAAACGAAGUCGCAACUAUGGAACUGCUCGCACUAGAAGCCGCAGUCCCAUCGCCUUUGGACAGACCUCCCCAUCAGUGUACGCUAGCAGACUGUCUGAUCACGCUCGCAAUGACGAAGAGAAAGCUGCCGUCCUGCACCAGCGCUAUAGAAAUCGUGGUCGAGCUAUGCACUCUGGAACGACUCGCAACGGCAAGCUCAACGAAACCACACACUAUGCGCCUGCUUUCCUAGCUGCUUUCAACCGCACCAAGAUUGGCCAUACACCUGCUGCAUCCCAUGCCGAAUAUCCUUCCGCAUAUCGUCAUCCUCCCAACUAUCACCGUUGUCAUCUCCGCGGCCCCUCUAACAACGCUCACCAUGGAUUAUAA